UUCUGCUGAGUGGUGCUGAGGUGAUUUGCAAAUUUCUUAAAAAUGGAGUCUAUUGCUACCGAUUCUGGAAAAAUCGUCAAAAUGGAAGUAGACUAUAGCGUUACUUGUGAUGAAAAGAUACCAGAAUGUCAGAAACUGGCAAAAUCUGGAAAACUGCAUGAUGCUCUUGAUCAACUUUUGGCUCUGGAAAAACAAACAAGAACAGGGGCAGAUAUGCUUUCUACCGGUAGAGUUCUGGUCGCAAUAUGUCAGAUUUGCAGAGAAGCUAAAAAUUGGGCAGCUCUCAAUGAACAUAUCAUCUUGUUGACAAAAAGAAGGUCCCAGCUGAAACAGGCUGUAGCUAAAAUGGUCCAGGAAUGUUGCAUUUAUGUUGAUGAGACUCCUGACAAAGAGAGCAAAAUAAAACUCAUUGAUACAUUGAGGCAAGUCACAGAAGGGAAGAUAUAUGUUGAAGUUGAGAGAGCACGUUUGACACACAAACUAGCUAAAAUCAGGGAAGAAGAAGGUAACAUUCAAGAAGCAGCAAAUAUCAUACAGGAGUUGCAGGUUGAGACCUAUGGAUCAAUGGAGAAGCGUGAAAAAGUUGAACUCAUUUUGGAACAGAUGAGACUAUGUUUGGCAAAGCAGGAUUAUAUAAGAACACAAAUCAUAUCUAAGAAAAUCAAUACCAAAUUUUUUGAAGAUGAACUUGCUUCUGACUUGAAAUUGAAAUAUUAUCGCCUUAUGAUGGAUGUUGAUGAGCAUGAAGGCUCUUAUUUGGCAACCUGUAAGCAUUAUAGGGCUGUACUAAAUACUCCCAGUAUAAUGGCUGUGUCAGAAGAAAGACAAGCUGCAGCUCAAGCAGUUGUUUUGUAUCUCAUUUUGGCCCAACAUGAUAAUGAACAAGUAGAUUUGACACACAGGGUGUUGGCAGAUAAGGUGCUGGAAGAGAUUCCACUAUACAAACAGCUUUUGAAAUUAUUCACCACCCCAGAAUUGAUAAAAUGGUCUGGUCUGUGUGAGUUGUAUGAAAAACAGUUGAAAACUUCUCAAGUUUUCUCUGGCAGUGAACAAUCAGCUAAAAGAUGGAAAGACCUGAAGUCCAGAGUGGUGGAGCACAACAUCCGCGUGAUGGCCAAAUAUUACACCCGCAUCAGGAUCAACCGCAUCGCCGAAUUGUUGGACCUUUCGCCGGCAGAAACCGAAGAAUUCCUCUCGCAGAUGGUCGUCAGCAAGACGAUCCAAGCCAAGACCGACAGGCCGAACGGCGUCGUGCAUUUCCAACAGAGUAAAGACCCCAGCGACGUCCUCAACGAUUGGGCGCACGAUUUGACGCAGCUGAUGCAGUUCGUCAACAAGAUCACGCAUCUGAUCAACAAGGAAGAGUGCGUUCACAAGAACCUUCAGGCUGCUGCUUGAGAGGGAAAUAUAAUUGAUUUAUGUGAAUUAAUUCUUUUCUAUUGAAAUAUAAUUUAGUUGUAUGG